UAGGCACCUGACUUGUUCAGCUGGACAGUGCAGUUGCUCUCAUUGGAGUUGUAUGGAUGCCACCAUGUUUGUGCUUAGUUCCAAACGAUGCAAUCGUCCAAAAUUUGAUUUGCUUCUACUAAUUAUCCUUGCUCUUGGCUUACACACAGUGGAGGGAGUGUGGCCACUACCGCAGGCUUUCACCACCUCACUCGAGCGAUACCCUCUGAACUCGCAGGCUUUCUACUUUGGAUACGGAAGACAAUCAGCUGCACAGCCCGGCUGUUCUGUAUUGGAUACUGCAUUCAAGAGAUAUUUUUCUCUCAUAUUUCCUGACUACACUUCUGGUAAUGGUCCUCUGCGAUUCCAUCAGAAUAAACCAUUUACUGUUGAGAUCAGUGUUGACCAUGAUGAUUGUGAGAGUUACCCCAACGAGGACUCUUCUGAGAGAUACAAUCUGAGUGUAUCAGCGGGAAAAGCAACUCUGAAUGCAGAAACUGUGUGGGGUGCAGUAAGAGGUCUGGAAUCCUUCAGUCAGCUGGUGUAUCAAGAUGAAUUUGGCUCAUAUUUUGUUAACAAGACUGAGAUUGAGGACUUCCCCCGGUUUCAGUUCAGGGGGAUUUUAUUGGACACUUCACGUCACUAUUUACCUGUGCCGGCCAUUUUGGAAACUCUGGAUGCAAUGGCCUACAGCAAGUUCAAUGUGUUUCAUUGGCACAUUGUUGAUGACCCCUCCUUCCCUUACCAGAGCAGCACAUUUCCUGAUCUUUCCAAUAAGGGGGCUUUUCAUCCGAUGACUCACAUCUACACACAGUCAGAUGUGAGAAGGGUGAUCUCUCAUGCCAGGCUUUGGGGAAUAAGGGUCAUUCCUGAAUUUGAUUCACCCGGCCACACCCAAUCCUGGGGAAAAGGGCAGCCUGAUCUGUUGACCCCCUGCUACAGCGGUAGCACUCCUUCAGGAACUUUUGGCCCUGUUAACCCGGUGCUACCCUCCACCUACCAGUUCAUGACUAAACUAUUUAAGGAAGUGUCAUCUGUGUUUCCGGAUUCCUAUAUUCACCUAGGAGGGGAUGAGGUGGGGUUUACGUGCUGGAGAUCCAACCCUGAUGUCCGAGCAUUCAUGCACAAGAUGGGAUUUGGAGCGAACUUCGCCAAACUGGAAGCAUUCUACAUAGAGAGCAUUGUAAACAUCACGUCAGCUCUCAACAAGACAUCUAUUGUGUGGCAGGAUGUGUUUGACUACCAUGAACGAAUCCCUAAGGACACAGUGCUGCACAUCUGGAAGGGCACACCAGCUAACUAUAAGGAAGAGCUAAGCAGGAUGACCAAAGCUGGCAUGAGAGUCGUUCUAGCUGCCCCGUGGUACAUCAACCACAUUGCCUAUGGCCAGGACUGGCGCAACUCCUAUACCGUGCAGCCACAAAACUUUUCUGGCACUGAUGAACAGAAGAAGCUGGUGAUAGGGGGUGAGGUCGCCAUGUGGGGGGAGUAUGUUGACGCCACCAAUCUCACUCCACGUCUUUGGCCAAGGGCAAGCGCUGGAGCAGAGAGAUUGUGGAGUGAUGAGAAGCAGACCUCAAGUGUAGACAAGGCGUUUCCUCGCUUGCAGGACUUUCGCUGCAUGCUCGUGAGGCGUGGCAUCCGGGCAGAGCCUCUGUAUGUCGGACACUGCAAACACGAGUACCAAGGUAUUUGAAGAUUCCGGAUGGAUUUCAAUCCCAAGGUCCUGCUGGCUAAUCUCUUAACUAAUCAAGUUAAAAUGUGCCUUCUUUUAAAGUGGUGUUACAUCUUUAAUACAUUUUGGAUGCAUUGAUUCUUUCUCAGGGAAUUUUUUAUUAUCUAUAUUUUGUAAUCCUCAUUUUCACUCUUCAAAGUGCGGCACUCUAAUUUUAAAUUGAAAUUGAUGAAUGCUGUAUAUAGUAUAGAAUGUUGCUGCAGUUUGUACUAUUUCACUGAACUUAAUAAAAUGAUGUAGCUCUGAA